UUAUUUAAACUGUUAAUUGUUUUUUAAAAUAUUUUUUAACUCUUGAGAUUAUUACAUGUUGAAUUUAAUUUAUAUUUUAAUUAUGCGAGUUGACUGUUUACUAUUAGUUUUUGACAUUUUUUGUUAGAAAUUGUUACUCAAUAAUAAAAAAUAAGUAACUAAUAAAAAUGUCAAAUUUACGAAAACUUGAUAAAGAUCGUCUAACGGCCUUUUUGGAACACUUGAAUAAAAAAAUAAAAAAACCAGACAAGACAUUAGAAAAAUGUUUAUCUAUUUUGAAAACAUUAAUGUACACAUCUUCAAAUUAUAAAUACGACACCACAUUGAAUACACAAUCCAAUUUACAGAAAAUUAUUCAGUCAAUAAAUUUUGAUGUUAUCCAAUCUGAUCAUAUGAUCAAUAUGAAACAUAUACUUCACCAAGGAGCUGAUCUUGACGUAUAUGUGAACUACAUAAAAUCCAUUUUAAAUAGAAGAGAUAAUACAUUAAAUCUAAUCUUAUUAGAUGUCUGGGACCAACUGAAUUCAAAUGUAUUAAAAUUGCCUGUAUUCAUUCAUGAAAAAUGUAUUAAAGAUUAUCCUUUGAUUUUUGAAAAAACUAUUUUAUCUGCAAUAUCACAGUGGCAAAUUGAUGAACUCUCUGAAAUAUGUAUUAAAUCACCACUGGUGUUCCAAAUGUGCUCUAGCAUAUUUAAUGAACUGCUUAUCAAAUUGAACUUUACAAAUAAUUUUUUUAAGUUUAUAACGAAUUUUGUAAAUAGCGUUUGCUCUCAAUGUGAAAAUAACAAUAUUGAUGUCAUUGAUCUCUAUCCUAUUAAAUGUAGGAAUAUAUUAAUUCUAAGAGCUAUUAAAAAUAAAAAUUCUACUAUAGUGACAAAAAAAUAUUUAAAUAAAGAAUUCAAGCAGUUUAUUUUAAGUCAUCCUAAAGAAUCUAUGUGUCUAUUAAUUCAUUUCCCAGAUUUAUAUGAAUCAAUUUAAUUAAUUUACUAUUUUUUUAAUAAUUUAAUUAUCUUUUAAA